UAAAAUUAGCCCUUUUGAGGAUGGUUUACGGAAUCCUGGCUUCCAUGGUCAAAUAACCAAUUGUGACAUGCUCCGGCACUUUUCUUUAAUUCUUUAUAACGAAGAUGCCUCUUUUGCAGAAAUUAUUAUAAUAUAACAUACUAUGAAUAAUUAUUAAAACGUUCCACAGUACUAGUGUGGUAUAUAGAUGUAUUGUAACAUCAAGUUCAAGUGCAAAAAUAUAGGGUAUAUAGGGCGUUGCAAUCGAUUUCUGGUUGACCGGUACGUAGAAGGCAUUUGCCCUUUGUGUGCGUACCCGCAGUGCCGUGGAGACCAAUUAAUGCGACAAAUGCAGACAAUCGGUCAAUGCCACCGAAUUGCUCAACCCACAGUGCAAGCAGUGCGGCAACAGUGGUUCAGCAGGCAUCAGUGUAAUGCCGUCCGAUCAUUUAUUCCUGGAUCUUCCCAAACUCCAACCGGCACUGGAAAAGUAUCUGGAGAAGGCUUUCGCCACCGGUGUGUGGACCGAGAACUCCAAACAAACAACGCAGGCAUUGCUCCGCGAGGGUUUGACGCCGAAGUGCAUUACGCGAGAUUUGACAUGGGGAACACCUGUGCCGCUGGAUGGGUACACGGACAAGAUCUUUUAUGUCUGGUUUGACACGCCCAUUGGAUAUACAGUGUAUGUCCAUUACGGCUAACUAUACAAAGGACUGGGAGAAGUGGUGGAAGAACACAGGUGGAGAGCUAUUAUUUCAUUGGAAAAGACAACAUCCCCUUUCACAGUGUGAUUUUUCCCUGCACUCAACUGGGAGCGGACGACAACCACACCAUGGUCACGCUCAUGUGUGCCACGGAUUACUUGAACUACGAAAACGACAAAUUCUCCAAGAGUCGCGGAGUGGGCGUCUUCGGCACGGACGCCAUGUCCACCGGCAUCGAUGCCGAUAUCUACCGCUUCUAUCUACUAUUAGUGCGCCCCGAAAACCAAGAUGCAUCGUUUUCCUGGAACGAUCUCGUGCUGCAGAACAACAUGCAAUUGGUCGACAACGUUAGUCACCUUAUCCACCUGGCCGUUGACCUUUUGGACAAGCAUUUCGCUGGGAUCGUCCCCGCAAUGCGUCUGCUGGACGAGGACAUUCAACUGCUUUCCGCCGUCAACCGCGGGAUUGCCAACUAUCUACAACAUAUGGAAGAAGUCCGUUUAAAAGAGGGACUGCGUGACGUCUUGGCAGCGUCGCGUCUAGCCAAUCAGAUACAAUCCUUUCAACCUGGACACUGGUCAACGGCACCGAAGCGCAAAAGAUCCGGGCUGCAACCGUGAUUGGAUCGGCUGUUAAUAUCAGUCAACAGCUGUCCAUUAUGUUGCGUCCAUUUAUGCCGCACUAUAGUAAAAAUCU